AGGUUUUUCUUUUCCUGCUGCUUCUAAUGUAGCCAAAAUGCCAGUAAAACCAGAUCUCCAGCAGUUGGAAAAAUGCAUCGAUGAUGCUUUAAGGAAAAACAAUUUCAAGCCUUUGGACACACUUUUGCAAAUUGAUAUUUCUGAAGAUGUGAAGAUUAAAUGCAGCAAACAGUUUUUUCACAAGUUGGAUGACCUUAUAUGCAGGGAGCUUAAUAAAAAGGACGUCCAAAUGGUUUCGGCCAUUUUGGCUUCUGUGGCAAAAUGUGGCAAAAACAUCACUAUAUUGGGACAAUGUGGCCUCCUCACUAUGAUGAAACAAGGUCUAGUCCAGAAGAUGGUUACCUGGUUUGAAAAAUGCAAGGAAAUUAUUUUAAGCCGAGGAAAGUCAAAAGAUGACGCUGUCCUAAACAUGAUGGAAGACUUGUUUGAUCUUUUGAUGAUAACAUUUGACAUCAGUGAUGAAGGUAAAAGGCUUGUAGCAGAAAGUUUCAUCCCUCAAAUUUGUGCCCUCGUUGCUGACUCGGGAGUGAAUAUUUGUGUUCAGCAGGAGACCUUGAAAAAGAUGAAUGCUAUGAUUGACAAAAUGCCUAAGGAGGCCAGGAAGAUAUUCUCUAAACAAGAAAUGUUAAUCCUCAUGAGUGGUAUGGGAGAAAGGAUUUUAGAUGCUGGAGAUUACGACUUACAGGUAGGCAUUGUGGAGGCUUUGUGUAGAAUGACCACAAGAAAACAAAGGCAAGAACUGGCGUGUCAGUGGUUUUCAAUGGAUUUCAUUGUUACUGCAUUUAAAGGAAUUAAAGAAUCUGAAUUUGAAACUGAUUGUAGGAUAUUUCUCAACCUUGUCAAUGGCAUGCUUGGAGAUAAAAGAAGAGUCUUUACGUUCCCUUGUUUGGCAGCAUUUCUUGAUAAAUAUGAGCUGAAAAUACCAUCAGAUGAAAAGCUGGAAGAAUUCUGGCUGGAUUUCAACAUGGAGAGCCAGUCUCUCUCCUUCUACGUUGCCGAAGACAGUGAGGAUCAUCAGUGGGAGCCAGUCACUGUGUCAGAGGAUAAAGUACAAACGUACAGCAUUGAAGUGAGAGAAUCAAAGAAACUACUGAAUAUAAUUCUGAAAAACACAAUAAAAAUUAGUAAAAGAGAAGGAAAAGAAUUGUUUUUGUAUUUUGAUGAAUCACUAGAAAUCAGUGAUGUAACUAAAAAAAUUUUUGGUGCAAAUAAAAAUGGGGAAUUUACCAGAAAGCAAGGCAUUUCGGUUGCCAAGACAUCAGUGCAUAUACUUUUUGAUGCAAGUGGAUCGCAGAUUCUAGUGCCAGAAAGUCAGAUCUCAUCAGUGGAGGAAGAACUCCCUAAAGAACAUGGUGAACCUCGGCCGGAAUGUGCUAACCCACUGAAGCCUGUCAGAGACAGUUACCAACAAGACAGGAGCAAGAAGAGCCGUUUCAAGGUAAUGACUCCUAACAAAAUGAAAGUGUCUGAAGCCUCAAUGAUUGUUCCUGGUGCAGACAGAUACACUGUGAGAAGUCCAGUACUCUUAACCAAUACAACUCCACGAAGAGGAAGAUGUAAGCCACCACUGUGCGUGGUUCCUUCUGCAGAAGAAGCUGGUGUUUCCAGAACGGCAAAGGAUGGACCGGAAGCCAUGUCACUUACGUCUAGACCAUCUCAAGAAAGAAAUGGAGGGGAUAACACAGACAAAUAUAUCAAAACUGCUACAACUGUAGAAAAGACAAAAAAUAAGGAUAUUGAAUUCACAAAGCAAAAUUUUAAUGAGCUCCAGGAUGGUGUUCCUGUUUCACAGGCAGUGGGAAGAGGAGAUGACUCUGUGUUUUCUGGUAUUUUUGACAUAUAUGGAGAUAAGAUGUGCUCCAAGUUGGCGUGUUGGACACCUGUAACAAACAUUAAAAUCUGUAAUAAACAGAGAGCAAGUGCUUUAUCAGACAUGUUUAAUGAAGAUAUUGUUGAUGAGACAUUUCCUAAACGAAGAUCAUCCUCUUCGGUGUCUGAGGAUUCUGUAGAAACAGAGAAAGUGAAAUGCAAGAAGGAUGUGAAACACAGGGCAGGUAGAACAGAAGUCGGCGUUUGCAGAAGCCAGCAGCAACAAACUCAUCCUAAGUACUCAGAGCACAGUAAUUCUGAAAAUACGAAGCAGGGUGAUUGGCAUAUUGAAUCUGCAACUACUUUUAAAUCAGUUCUUCUAAAUAAGACAGUCGAAGAAUCUUUGAUUUAUAGGAAGAAAUAUACACUGUCUAAAGACGUUUGUGACAGAAGCUCUUCUAGAAAAAAUGUGAAAAGUCGAAGAAAUUCAGAGAAAGAUUUGACUUCCUUGGAUUUGAAACAAAAACAGAGACAAAAGUCAAAAGGCCAAGGCUUGGCUGAUGCGGCAGAAUCCUUAAUAAGCCAGAUUAACAGGAGGUACAAGCCACAAGACGGCACUAGGUCUGCAAGAAAGGGGAAGGAGGCUUUGCUUGACAGUGAUUUUCCCGGCACAUCCGCUGUACAGCACCAUAAGGAAAAGGUUCAGAAAAAAAGUUACAGAAAACUGGAGACUACCUUUGUUAAUGUUACUUCCGAAUACCCAUUGAAUGAUGUCUACACUUUUAAUUUGUGUGGAGCUGAUGAACCUAUUAUAAAACUUGGAGUCCAAGAAUUCCAAGCUAGAGAAACCUGUGCGGAUAAUUCAGCGAAACUGGGAACUUUGAGGAAUGAUGACGAACUUGAACCUUCUAUCAAAACAAAAGAUAGAAGGGUUGUAAGAAAUCAAGAAAAGAAAAGUCUCUUUAGUGAUACUGACACAGAAUACAGGUGGGAUGACAGCAAGACCGAAGUUAGCUGGCUGAAAGAACCAAAGUCCAAACCACAGCUGCUAGACUACAGCAGGACCAGAAAGAGUCGGAAAUCAAGACCAUCGUUGGAUAAGAGACAAGCACGUUCUAAAAUGAUAGACCAACAGGAAUCCAGUAAACACAUCACCAGAAAGGUAGAUUUGACCGUUACGGACGGGAGAAUCAGACUUCCACGAAGAGCAACAAGAAACAAAAAAAAUUAUAAAGAUCUCUCCAAUUCAGAAUCAGAAAGCGAACAAGAACUGUCAGACUCAUUUAAAGAGAAAUUACAGGGAAAGGAGGCGAGUAUCCAUUCAGGAGCCCAAAGCAGGAAGGUGCCAAGGAAGCAGCAGCAAGUCUUCCCUGCUGAAACACGAAGGAAAAGAUCAAAAGGACGGAGGGCCUCGGCUGGACCUAAGCCGCCCAGAGGAGAGCCCGGCCUGCACUCGGCUCCGGCCGCCCCGUCUGGGAGUCUGUCAUCUGUAGAAGUAAUGAGAUGUGACGAGAAAGAAGCAGAAAGGGAUUUUACUCAGGAGUGUGACUACGUAACGAAUUCUUUGUCACCUUGUGCAAAAAUUUCCUCAUCUGAGUCCUUCAACAGUAACAGUGGAGUUGGGGUUUCAGUAAACUCGGCCAAGAAAACUUUGCUAUGCACAGAUCACAGCAGCUCACCACUUCCACAACCAUCGUUUUUGGAAAACCAUUCGUCAUCUCCACCAUCCAUGUCUGGUGAAGGAAGAGAGAAGACAGACACUCCCUGCGGCACCGCUCACACAGCUGGCCCCAUUCAACCACUUAAUCGCAAACGAGUGCACACGGAUUAUCUGGAUAAUUCUAAUGAAGAAGAACUGGGAGAGAGAGAGAACCUGCUUCCCAAAAAAUUGUGUAAAAUUGAAAGUGCAAAUCGUCACUCUUACAAAAAGUCUGACAAUUCAUCUCCAUCAUCAGUAAAUGGCUGUUUUAUUCCUGUGGAAAACUGGGAAGGAUUAAGGAAAAUGGAUUCAGAAUGUAAGAAGAUUAAUAUCCGAAAUAGAAAAAUGGAUUUUUUUGCUAAGCAUUCUUGGAAAAUCAUCCAGCAGCAUCUGAAAACCAUGAGCCGUCAGCUCCAGGAGCACAGGCUGAAAAAAAUUGAUAAAUUCCAAGUCAUCAUCAAUGAAGAGCUGAAGAGUUUUGAGAAAGAUUCACAAUCUUUAAAAGAUUUCGAGAAAGAAUUUGCGGUAUUUUGGGAAAAGUUACUUCAGAAGUACAGAACAUAUAGAAAAAGUGAACAGCAGAGAUUUCAGCUUCUGAAGGCUUCACUGGACAAACACGUAUUCCACAGCACUGAUUAUGAAGAAACUAUUUUUACAUCAGAGAUGUGUUUGAUGAAAGAAAACAUGAAAAUUGUGCAAGACAGACUUCUCCAGGAAAUGGCAAAAGAGGAGCUUCUUCAUGUACGCAGAGGGCUGAUGUCAUUAUUCAUGAUUCAUGACAAAUAUUAAUGUGUGAGACCUGAUGAUCAGCAUCUUUUUGUUAUUUC